AUGUCUACACCCAUAUCGUACUCAGAAGUGCAGCAGCACAAGUCCAAGGACAGCUGCUGGGUCAUUCUGUAUGGUGAAGUCUGGGACGUGACAGAAUUCCUUCCUUCGCACCCCGGAGGCGCCUCCAUCAUUCUCAAGCUCGCCGGUCAGGAUGCCACGGAAGAAUACGACCCCAUCCAUCCUCCUGGGACGCUCGAGGAGAAUCUGCCCGGCUCAAAGCGUCUCGGUCCGAUCGAUCCCACGACACUGCCUGAACCGGUCAAGUCGGCGAAAGAAAUCGGACCUGAGGCGGACCAGAAUGUCGAGAUCCCUCUAGAGAAUAUGCUGAAUCUUGAUGAAAUUGAAGAGGCAGCAACCAAGAAGUUGUCCAAGAAGGGCUGGGCUUAUUAUUACUCAGCUGGCGAUGACCUAAUAAGCAAAUCCUUCAACAACACAGUCUACCGCCAGAUCCUAUUACGGCCACGAGUCUUCGUCGAUUGUUCUCGAUGUGAUCUCUCCACCAGCUUCCUCGGUCACAAGCUCGACAUUCCCAUCUAUGUUUCACCUGCGGCCAUGGCCCGCUUGGCUCAUCCCGACGGCGAGUGGGGCAUCGCGCAGGCCUGCAAGAACUACGGCACUAUGCAAAUCAUUUCCAACAACGCAUCAAUGACUCCCGAGCAGAUUGUCAAGGAUGCCUCACCGGAGCAGAUAUUUGGCUGGCAGCUCUAUGUACAGACCGAGCGCAAGAAGUCUGAAGCCAUGCUCGCCAGAAUCAAUAAACUGGAUGCCAUCAAAUUCAUCUGCCUGACGCUGGACGCCCCAGUACCCGGCAAGCGUGAGCACGACGAGCGCAGCAAGAAUAUCGCUGAGGACACGAACGAAGCUCUCAAGGACGCCGGCGGGCAUCAAAUAACGGGCGGUGGCGGUAUCGGUCAGAGCUUGUUCUUCGGUACGGAUCCGACACUGACCUGGAAGGAGACUUUGCCAUGGCUAAGGAAGCAUACAAACAAGGACAUCAUUCUCAAGGGACUGCAGACGCAUGAGGAUGCCUUCAUUGCAGCACAGCAUGCGGACCAGGUAAAGGGUAUUAUCCUUAGCAACCAUGGCGGCAGAGCGGCAGAUACCGCACCUCCAGCUGUGCACACUCUGCUCGAGAUACGGAAAUACUGCCCGGAGGUCUUCAACCGCAUUGAUGUUAUUGUUGACGGCGGCAUCAAGCGCGGAACUGACGUGGUCAAGGCACUUGCCCUAGGGGCAAAGGCUGUUGGUCUCGGCCGAGGAGCACUGUUUGGCCUGGGCGCUGGUGGUAUCCAGGGUGUAGAGCGGACACUCGAGAUUCUGAAGAAGGAGACGGAUACAGCCAUGAGGUUGCUGGGAGUGGAAUUCGUAAAAGACCUUUCACCACGGCAGAUCAACACAAGGGUUGUCGAGCGGGAUAUCUACGAUGGUCCUGCGGGCCUAGACGGUACAGGAAAUUUUGGGCUGUGGGUGAAGUCGAAGCUAUGA